AUAACAAGUAGAUUUUUACCGCCAAAUCAAAGUAGGGAUGAAAGAGAAUGUCGUCGUCUGAGCUUCGCAUCUUCGAAAACCCUAGAAAAUGGCGAUUCACUUGGGAAGCCCAAUCUCACAUCCCUACCCUUCGAUUGUUCCUCUUCAAUCCAAACUCCAAACCAUCGACUCAAUGCAAGAACCUGAAUGUCAACUUGGUGCUCCAACAAUCUCUACUCAUCGUGAGCUGGUCCGAAGAAGAAGAAGAACUCGAGAUUUCACUUAGGGUUCCUAUUCCUAGGGCUUUGGUUGACGUUGAAUCUCCAGUUCACUUCAGAGCAUUGGACGAUCAUAUCGAUGUUAAACUUGUUCUGCUUCUUCCAGUUGAUCACCCAAUUUUUACAAACUUGGAAGACGAGUGUAAUCGAGAAAAUGCGUUCUUGGAUGAUUUGAGGCCUCUUUUGAUGGAUUCGGAGAUCAAGAAUUUGUCUUCUGAUGGAGGUGUGCACUUCUACUGCAGAAAUUGCUCGACUAAGUUGACAAGGUGUCUCAGCUUUUUUGUGGAAAUGCCUUCAGUGAACUGGCCAGAGGUGGCAGACAAUUGGUUUGGGUCUUGUUGUUGUUCAUUUGGAGGUAUAAGUGAGAAGCUGGUGACUAGAUAUGCAAAUUGCUAUACAUGUGCCGCGGGUAUUUGCCUAUUAAAUACGACAUCCGUUAUUCUUUGCAAAGAUGACCUCCUGGGAUGUAAAUUGCCUUAUCGCAGUGGAAGUGAAAACUAUGAGCCCGAAGCUGAUUUCACCAAUGACAAAUGUUUAACCAAAUCCAUUGUAGAUAAUGGAAGUGAUCAUGGAAGAGUGGUAUUUUGUGAGAAUCAAAGCGGAAAUAUGCAUGAAUUUAGUGGGAACUUAAGCUGCAUACGUCCAAAGAACGACAAAGUUGCUGCAAAUCAAGAACGUGAUGUUUUUGAAAAAGUAACUAAUGCUGAUAGUUUAUCUUCCAUUUUACCAGCAUUGAGAUUCUCUGAAGAUGUGGCAUCAGCACCUGGAUGUUGCAAUGAUAUGACGAGUCCUGCCAUCAAUCAUGAUACUCAAAAUUGCUCAUUUGAAAUGACAAAAAACAAUGGGCUCCUUGCAAAUCAAAAGUCUUUUCUGAAUGGUUUUCUAGGAAAUGUUUUCAUGGUUAGAUCCUCCAAUCUUUCAAAAGAUGUUCAGUGGAUUAAAUUUCCAUGCCCUACGUGUUCACGUCUUCUUGGAGCAUACCCUUGCGGUAGUGAUCUUGCACCAUUGGAUGGUGGAGUUCGAUUGUUCAAGUGUUGCAUCUCAACUUGUUUGCCUGUCGGUGGACCAAGUGAUUUGUUCAGGAGGUAUGACUUGGAAAGGAUGUUCACAAAUCAGCUACUGGAAAGUGCAAAAGAUGAACUAUCAUUUCGGACUUUAGUUAGGGAUCUUCAGACCAGAUCCCCGAAGUUGCAAAUAGUUCUCUUAAAUCCGAAUUUAUGGUGCUGUACUGAUUAUUGUCUGGCCAUAGACGACACAGUGGGAACAGUUGCAAAGAUAGAUCUGUACCCUGCAACCAAGGUGCUUUUUUCUGAGUGCAGUAGCAGUACCGACUUCGAACCAAGGUUGACAGAGGAAUGGGUAGCAAAGAAUCAAGCUGAUGAAGUUUACAUGCUGGAGCAUCAAAUACAAGAAUUGAUUGGAUCCUUGGAGUCAGCUAAAGGUAUACUUCCACCUUCAUACAGUUCUCUCCAGGGUUUUACUUUAUCAUCCAUGCGACGAUAAUGAUAGUCGCUUGUUUCAAAACUUGGAUAUUCUGUGAGUUCUUGGUUUGUAAACAAAAGGGAAGGAAGAUUUUCCAUUUUUGAGAUGGUCUUUUGGGAGGCCAGAAUACUCAUCUGAUCGGGGUGGAAUUGUCCAGCAUACACUUGUCACUCCAGUAUAUAUGACAUCAGUUUAAUCAUUCUGGGAAGUCCUCUCAAAAGCAAUCCAUGUUUUUUUUUGAAUCGUCAACUUGUUCCAUUAGAAUCCACAAGAAGAUCGUAACAACGUUUGUUGCACUGAAGAACUUUCUUGUACUCGCUAGGACAUUGGAAUUGUCAGAUGGUACAUCUCUCCUCUUGUUUGUAUCACUCUCUUGCAUCCAUUCAUGGGUUGUUUAUCUUCUUCACCAUUGCUAUAAUCUCAUGUUCACAAACUCGCAAUUUCUCUGUUCUCAACUUUGUCAUUGCUUUGUCCAAAUUGUUGCUCAAAAUGUGGAGAUUUUCAUGGAUAUAAUAUGCCCAUUCUUAUGCUCUUGUUAUGUGAGAUGUAAAUAGAAUGGCAAGUUUUCUUUCUUUU